AGAAACGCCACUGGACGUCAUCUUGCGGCGCAAUGCCGUUGCCAUGGUUCCAUGCUGUGCUCAAAUUGCUGUGUUUGCUUGCAAGCCAACGGUGUUUGGCAUACGAGCACAGCAUGGCGCGGUCUUUAGCUUAUUUGGAAAAAGCCGUUUACUGCGGCCGAGAGAAGUUUCAGAAGUGGGACGUGGGCGACAGCGUCACCAUGGCGCCCAAGGUCAACGCUUCGCAGCUGCGCUUCGUGCAAAGCAGUGAGCAGGCUGCUGCGGGGAUCGGUCGACUGAUCGAACCAGAUGGCUGUUUUGUUGCGAUACGAGGCACCUUCGGACCCAUCAGCUCUUUGUUGGAUGCGGUCUUUUGGCUCAUGGACUUUGAACAUGUCCUGGGAUGCCCCUCAUGUCAAGUCGUAGCCGGUUUCUACCUCGCCUACCUCUCCAUUCGGGACCAGAUCUUCCAUGCCUUGGCAGAGUUUCAGUGCCAUCAGAGACCCCUGUACUUGGUAGGCCAUUCCCAGGGCGCUGCGUCUCUGUCGUACUUUCUCUUUGAUGCUCUGAUGCGCAAAUAUACGGUGCAGCACAUGUAUGCAUUGGAGUCUCCUCGACCAGGCAAUGAGAACUUCGCCGAGAAGUUGCGCGCACUCGUCGGCGCGGCGGACGCUUGGCGCGUGACGCACUACCAGGAUCUGGUGCCGCACCUGCCACCACCAGGCGUUUUUGGGUACGUCCACGCACUGCCAGAGAUCUACUACGACACGAGGAAUGGCACCCAUUACCUGGAGUGUGGCGUUGAGGACAAGAACUGUUCGGGACGCUGGUGGGCCUGGCAACUCAACACCGUAGAUCAUGACUCCUUUGCCCAGAUCUAUCCGUGUAAGUGCGCCUUACCGGAGGCUAGACCUGAGAGCAUCUGGCCACCGGUGGCUUUCUUGCGUUCCACCAGUUGGGUGCAGACUUCCAUGUCAACCACUUUCAAGGAGAGGCUCAUGCUGCUGUUUGGAUGACGAAGCUUAGCUUACCGUAAGACUGACCUUUUUUUGUUUUUCCAGACUCCAUGUUGGAUGCAGUUGAUGUGUGUGUUUGUUUUUGGCGGACAGGACUAUCGAGACU